CGCAAGGAUAUGAGUCGGCGUGGCCUUAAAAGCUAUUUUCAAGAAAGGCAUCAUCUACAAAAAGGGAGGAGUCGCUUCCGGGUUCAAGCACGUGGAAACCAACAUGUAUAAUAUCAAGCGGCUCCUUCACGUCAAGGGGAAGAAGCACGUGUCGGCUACAGAAGUGGAUCUUUCCUGGGACAGCUUCAAUAAAGGGGACGUUUUCCUGCUGGACCUGGGCAAAGUGCUGAUCCAGUGGAACGGACCUUCCUGCAACAUUGCCGAAAAAUCCAGGGGAAUGGCCUUGGCCCGGAGCAUCCGGGAGGCGGCGAGAGGUGGUCAAGGCCAGAUCGGGCAUCAUUGGAUUAACGAAAAGGACUCCUCUGACUCAUGGCAGUAGACUGGGCGAAAGCUGCACCCUGGGGAGAGGCGUGGAGAGCUCAAGGAACCCACCCGGGAUGAGAAAGCGGAUGAAGUCCAGAAAGCGAAUGUCCGCCUUUACCACGUUUAUGAAAACGGCAAGGAUUUGGUGGUGCAAGAAAUUGCAACGAGGCCCCUGACACAAGACCUUCUGCGCCACGAGGACUGUCACAUUCUAGACCAGGGAGGUUUUAAAAUUUACGUCUGGCGAGGGAAAGACUCCAGCAAAGAAGAGCGGAAAGCAGCAUUUGGCCGAGCAGUGGGUUUCAUCCAAGCCAAAGGGUAUUCUCCCACAACGAAUGUCGAAGUUGUGAACGACGGAGCAGAAUCGGCUAUGUUUAAACAGCUCUUCAAAAGGUGGACCGAAAGAGGGGAGACGCAAGGACUCGGCAGGACGUACAGCAUUGGCAAAAUCGCCAAAGUGGACCAAGUAAAAUUUGACUGUGCUCAGUUGCACGCCAGACCCGAGCUGGCCGCCGAGCAGCGCAUGGCAGACGAUGCCUCUGGGAACGUGGAGGUGUGGCGAAUUGAGAAUCUUGAGAUGGCCCCAGUAGAACCCAAAACCUACGGGCAAUUCUACGGCGGAGACUGUUACCUCGUCUUGUAUACCUACAUGAAAUCCAACAGACCCAAUUACAUUAUCUAUAUGUGGCUUGGCCGCCACGCUUCUGUGGACGAAAUCACCGCUUGUGCUUUCAAUGCCGUGGAGCUGGACAGGAAACACGGGGACGAGCCCGUGCAGGUUCGAGUGACGAUGGGGAAGGAGCCCCGGCAUUUCCUCGCCAUCUUCCAAGGAAAUUUGAUCAUUUAUGAGGGAGGCACAAGCCGGGCUCAGAAGAGUGAACCAGAGCCUGCCGUCCGUCUCUUCCAAGUCAGAGGUACAGGGGAAUUCAACACGAAAACCAUUGAGGUCCCAGCCCGGGCCUCCUCAUUGAACUCCAAUGAUGUCUUCCUUCUCAAGACUAACCAAGUCUGCUAUCUGUGGUGUGGAAAGGGUUGCAGUGGGGACGAGCGAGAGAUGGCCAAGACCGUGGCUGACAUCAUCUCCAAACGGGACAAGCAGACCGUUCUGGAGGGCCAGGAGCCGGCGGAGUUUUGGUUGGCUCUGGGAGGCAAAGCCCCCUAUGCCAGCGACAAGAGGUUCCAAGAACCAGCUCCCCACUACCAGCCUCGCCUGUUUGAGUGCUCCAAUCAAACAGGGCAGUUCAUCAUGACGGAGAUUGUGGAUUUCUGCCAGGAUGAUUUGGAUGAAGACGAUGUCAUGCUUUUGGACACCUGGGAUGAGAUUUUCCUUUGGGUCGGCAAGGCUGCCAACAACUACGAAAAGAGCGAGUCUGUUUCUGCGGCCAGCGAGUAUCUGAAGACCCACCCGGCAGGGAGAGAUUUAGCAACGCCCAUCAUCAUGGUGAAGCAAGGUCACGAGCCGCUCAACUUCACCGGCUGGUUUGCUGCCUGGGAUCCGUACAAGUGGAGCGACGGCAAGUCUUACGAGGAGCUGAAGACAAGCUUAGGGGAUGUCUUGGCUAUUUCGGAGAUCACAGUGGACCUGAAAAAUGCCAACUUGCAUAGCAAUAAAACCAACAGCAAUCCAAUUCCCAAGCAGACUCCAAAUCCAGCCAGUUCGGGGCCUAAACAGAGUCCACAGACACACCAACCCCAGCCCAGCAGCAACGGUGACAACGGCAUCAUUUGCAGCAAUAACAACACCCCUGCGCUAGAGACUCUUGGAAAUGAUGCCUACCCUCGAGAGUUGCUGAUCAACAAGGCGAUGGACGACCUGCCAGAAGGGGUGGACCCCACCAAGAAAGAGUACUACCUGUCUGAUGCCGAUUUCUGCGACAUCUUCGGGAAAACCAAGGAGGAGUUCUACCAGAUGCCCAAGUGGAAACAACAGAACGAAAAGAAGCAAUUUGGACUCUUUUGAGCCAAAGACGACCUCAACCGCUCGGAACUCGUUUCAGGGACACCUGACGGGGAGGAAGGAAGAGCUGCCCGUUUCGGAGGCUCUCGAGCCUCUCCCUCCCCCCCAAAACAAGAAAAUGACUUUGAAAAUAAUCGUCCUGGAAUCAGUGCUGUUAAAAAGAAUGGCCAAUUCAUUCCUUUCCCCGCUCCACUGCAAAACAGCAACUUGGUUUUCUUCCAGUUCAUAUUAUUUAUGUCUGUGCCAAGGAAUUAGGGGAGAUUUCUGUGCCUUAGGAGUCUAGGGAAUUUAGCAUGAGGAUUCAGAGGCUGGCUGUGUUGGAAGUGAAAGCAGGGGUGUACCGCCCACGAGGGCAUGUGGUGACACAUGUCCCCUGGUGCGCGCCAUCUAAUCACAUAGGGGGGCGCUGGGGCUGGGCCAUGUUCACCGGCUCGGGGCAAUAGGCCAGGGUGCCGUUGCCAGCUCCAGGCGGUAGACCUUGGCGCCUUGCUGGCUUCGGUCAGUAAAACUGGGCACUGUCGCCAGCCUGGUGCUCCUCCAUAAGAUCAGCAGGUGGCUCGAUCUCUCCCCCCCUCCCCUCGUAUCUAGGGAAAAUGGACCCCAGGGGCGGGAAACUCAGAUUUUGCCCCAGGCUCCACUUUCCCUAGAUCAGUGAUGGCGAACCUUUUCGAGACCGAGUGCCCAAACU